AUGUUUGAGGACGAUAUCUAUCGCACCUCGUCACAGUAUAAACUUUGGUCUUUCACAGAGGCGUCCUUGCGGUCCUUAAGGGAGAACACAAAUGCCGUCGCUAGCCAACGAGUCCGAGCGGCACUGCGGAGAGCGCGGGAGGCACGACAGUCAGCCAACUCGUCGGCUGCGGGGACUCCUACAGCAGGGACUACCGGAGAUGGCAAAGGAGCGGAAGAGAAGGACAUUGACUGUUUGACACCAGAAGAAGAGAAGGAGUUAGUGAGGUUCUAUUGCGAGAAGGCCGUGGAGCUGGCAGACACGUAUAAGCCACCCUUGCCGACGACAGUGCGGGCCACUGCGAUUCAAUACAUCCGUCGAUUCUAUCUCAGCAACUCGCCAAUGACCUACUCUCCCAAGACUAUCAUGCCCUGCGCGCUCUUCCUUGCUACCAAGACGGACAAUUUCUACAUGUCCCUGCGCCAGUUCGCCGAAAAGGUCCCAGGCGACUCAACUGCAGAAGACAUCAUCGCGCCAGAAUUCCUCAUCAUGCAAAGUCUCCGCUUCACCUUCGACGUCCGCCACCCCUUCCGCGGCCUCGAAGGCGGCGUCAUGGAACUCCAAGCCAUGGCCGAAGGCCUGGGCCAGCCCGCACCUCACCUCCCUCAACAGACAUCAGAAGACCUACGCCGCGGACUCCUCGCCGUCCCCGCAGCACCAGACGCUCCCAAGUCCUCCUCAAUUACAGACCGGAUCGGCCGCGCACACACCACAACCCGCGAACUCCUCAAAACCGCCGCCCAAAUGACAGACGCCUACUUCCUCUACACACCCUCGCAGAUCUGGCUGGCGGCCUUCAUGCUCGCCGAUCGCCCCAUGGCUGAGUACUACCUCGACACGAAACUCGGCGGGCCAGCCGCUCAGAGCUCCAACGCACAAGUGGGGAACCCGCUCUACGACCUGCGCGUGAAACUCUUCCGCACACUCAACGAGUGCGCUGCCCUCCUGCAAUCAUAUAAGCCCCUCAGCUCCGACCCAGAGCAAAUGAAGAACCUCAAACGCAUCGGAAAGAAGUUCUACUACUGCCAGAACCCGGAGAAGAUCUCCCUUGCCGGGCAGAAACGGAUCCCUGCUGCUGCUGCCGCCGCCGCCGCGUCGGCAGGCGAAGGCGCCACCUCGGAAAGUGAAGUCGAGCGGCAGGCGAAGAAGCGGAAACUGGAGCGGGAGCAGAAGGAUCGGGAGGCGAGAGAUAUCUUUGGCGGGGAGCUGGUGGCGCAACGGGUCAAGGAGGGGCAAGUUGGCGAGCAACAACAUCCAUCGUAG